AUGUCGGAGAUAUCUGGUAUACCAGCACCAGAAACGGAACCCACGAUCGAAAUCCCCCUUCCGAAUCCAAUAGCAGCACUACCUACCCCACCAUCCGAAUCCCCUCUGGCUUCUGAUCCCUCUCCGCCAUCCUCACAUUCAAGACCUGAAAUACCAAUCCCAACACCAGACCCGAAACCAACCCCGACUCGAAAGCCCACACCUAGCUCUAGAACCCUGCUGUCAUGGGCGCCCCUUUACCUCUCGAAAACGGACCGGGUCAUCGAGCGGUUGAGCUCGAUAAUCAGUACGCCGGCGGGAACGGAUAGUGUUCUGAAUACGCUCUGCUAUUCUAGUCUCCUGGUGUCGGUUAUACUGAGGAAGGUGGUUGCGUUUCAGGAGGAGGCUGUUAAGAUGCGGGCGGAGGCGGUGAUUGGGGAGGCGGUGGGGGGGAAUGCGGCGGUGGGGAUGGAUGUUCUUGGGUUGUUGAGGGGUAAGGCGGAGGGUCUGGGGCUGGAGAUUGGGAAGGUGAGGAGGGAGGAGAUGUUGGAUGUUGCGGGGAGGUUGAAGGUUCUUAGUGGGUUGAUCUCGGGGAUUCGAACGUUUCUGAGGCUUUUUGGUCUGGUUGGUCUUUGGAUGUGGGGGAGGGGUGUGCUGGCGAGAUUGAGGAAGGGCGAGAAAGGAUUAGGCAUUGUGAUUGAGAGUUUGCAGGUCUUGGUCAAUGUUUGUUAUCAGAUACUGGAGAAUGGGGCGUAUCUGAGUGCCAGAGGGGUUCUGGGUUGGGACGCAAAGACGCAAUUGAGGGCUGGGGUUUGGAGCUCGAGGUUUUGGGGUAUGCAUGUUGGUCUUGAUUUGAUCAAGUUGGCAAGGCAAUUUGGCGCUCUUCGGCAGGAGAAGAGGCUGUUGAGUGGGAAGGAGACGGACGAGAAGAAAGAGAAUGAGAUCAGUCUGCAGGAGAAGCAGAUGCAUUGGAGGAGGCAGUUUGCUAUUGAUUUGGCGUACGCACCGCUGACUGUUCAUUGGGGUCUAGAAGAAGGGUUGGUCAGUGAGGCAUGGGUUGCGAUAUUUGGGAGUGUAGCGGGUAGCUUGAAUUUGAGGGAGAGAUGGAGGGUUAGUGGGUUAUAG